CAAACAGAAGCUACUGAGAAGCUAGCAGCGCUAGCUUGGUCACAGUGGCUCCCGGGGAAGGUCGACAGUAGCACAACAGCAUCCUCUCAUAUCGUUUAACCGACCCGUCAGUUAUUUAGCUGUUAACAUCGCACAAACAGGCGAAGACAAACCGAACUUAAAUUCAGUGGCUUUUAAAAAAAAAAAAAGGAAUUAGCUAGCUUAACAUUUAGCAAGCUAGCUUCGAGUUCGGGUCUUCAUUUCCUUCAGAUCAUCUACAAUCAUGGCUGCGCUGAGAGUGUCCUAUCACAGGAUCUUGGACCGGAUCGAGCAUAUGCUGCCGGCCAAACUGAGACCUCUGUACAACCACCCGGCAGGUCCAAAAACAGUUUUCUUCUGGGCCCCGAUGUUUAAAUGGGGUCUGGUUGCAGCUGGUUUGGCUGAUAUGACUCGACCAGCAGACAAACUCAGUACCUCCCAAUCUGCAGUGCUGACAGCCACUGGCCUGAUCUGGUCCAGAUACUCGUUGGUCAUUAUCCCGAAGAACUGGAACCUGUUUUGUGUCAACUUCUUUGUCGGCUCCGCGGGAGCCUCGCAGCUCUACAGAAUCUGGAGGCACAAGCAGGAUAUGAAGGCACAGGCUAAAGAGGCCGCAGAGUCCUGAGAGCUUUCCUGUUGCCAACCCUCCACCUGAUUGAGUGGACAGAGAGGGAGACGUCACACCGGGCACUAACCUGCCCCUUCUCAUCAUCUCUACAUGUUGUCUCCAUAACACCCAUGCCAUAACCAUUAUUCUACCACAUUAAGCCUGCUAUCCCUGUUGGAAAUGUGCACUUUUCUUUAAGUUUCAAAUUUCCUCAGGGUGUAAAAAACAAUUAAAUAAAAAGAGAACUAUAGUCAACACACACUCAAGAAAGGUGGUCAUCAACGCACAAGUACUACUUGUUCAACAAGUUGUAUGAUUGUAAAUUUUUUUAAAAUUUAAUUUCAUGAUUCUAGUCACGACAUCUGUACCUCAGUGAUUAUUCAAUCAUUAUUGAUCACCAUGUAAUGAUUCCUUCCAUCUUAAUGGCUUUAAGUCUUUUAAUGUAUGUGAGAGUAAAUCAUAAUUUAUUAAUCACUUGAUUAAAAAAUGUCUCUUGCAGUUUAAACUGUACAGAAAGAUGCUGUUAUUUUCUGAUUCUUUAUCGGGAUACCUUACACAAAUGCCACAUAUUUAACCUGUGCAGCUUUUUAUUGAUUCUUUCUAAAGAGUCAACUAGCAAACACGGGUACUGAUGUGCUAACAGCUCUUAACAGACUGUCUGCUGGAUGCCUCUUUUGUUCCUGGAAAGGUGUUUAAUGGUUUUUCUGUGUAAGAAUGGUACUUUAUUUGACAUGUUCCACCUGACUAUUUUAGCAAUAAUCAGUGUCAUCACUUUAAAAUACUUAUUGAUCUGCUGACUGUUUGAACAAAUGACACUUGGGAGGUUGAUCAUUGUGGUUUUGUAGGUAUAUAAUGGCUAUGUAAUGCUAAUAAAUCAUGUUGAACACA